AUCUAUUGUUGAAUUUAUUUAAGUCGGCUUAUUUUCCAAUUUACUUCAGUGGUGACUCUUGAUGGAAAAACCAAAUAGCAGUCUCAAACUAGUGAACUUCCUGCAAUAGCUGCUUUCUUGUGGUGUUUGUACCAGCAGAGGUUUUCCUUGGGAAUAUGGUGGCUAAAGUUAGCUUUGGAUGUUACUUCAGCUGAGAUAACAGGAUCAAGAAUCAAUUAGUCAUCCACAAGCUGUAGGUAUUGAAAAUACCUCAGAAAUGGCAAGGCAGCAAGGUUCCAAGAAGAACAAGAUGAAGGAUGAAAGCAACAAAACAGUACCCUAUUUCAAACUUUUUUCAUUUGCAGACUCUUCAGAUUAUCUACUGAUGUUUGUCGGGAUAGUAAGCGCUGUUGGAAAUGGAAUAACUAAGGCUUCAACGAAUAUAGUUAUGGGAGAAGCAAUUGAUGCUUUUACACAACAUGGCAACACUAAACAUUUAGUUCAUGAAGUUUCCAAGGUGUCUCUGAAGUUUGCAGUAAUAGGUGUAGCUUCCUUUAUGACAGCUUUUCUACAGUUGGCUUGUUGGGUGUCCACCGGGGAGAGGCAGGCAGCGAGAAUACGAGGCUUAUACCUCAAAGCAAUUUUGAGGCAAGAUAUUAGCUUCUUCGACAAGGAAACCAACACUGCUGAGGUUGUUGGAAGGAUAUCAGGUGACACAUUUCUUAUUCAAGAAGCCAUGGGAGACAAGGUAGGAAAAUUCAUACAGUGUGUGGCAUGCUUUUUAGGAGGUAUAGUCAUAGCAUUCAUCAAGGGUUGGCUUCUAACCCUUGUCCUUCUAUCUUGUGUUCCACCUCUUGUUUUCUCCGGUUCCAUAAUGAGCUUCGCGUUCGCAAAGUUGGCAUCCAGCGGACAAGCAGCUUAUUCUGAAGCAGCAAUCGUAGUAGAUCGCACAAUUGGUUCAAUUCGAACUGUUGCAUCAUUUACGGGCGAGAAUCAAGCCAUAAUUCAAUACAGUCAAUCCUUAACCGAUGCUUACAGGACUGCAGUGCAAGACGGAAUGGCUGCUGGUUUAGGCCUUGGUUCAAUCCGUUUAUUUAUCAACAGUAGCUUUGCAUUGGCUGUAUGGUUCGGAGGGAAGAUGGUACUAGAGAAAGGCUAUACAGGAGGUGAAGUCAUGAGUAUAUUUUACGCCCUAUUUUUUGGCUCCAUGUAAGCUAGUUUCUCUUGGCAGGAAAACUUGAUAUGCUUUUCAAUGUUAAUAUUAUUUUUCAGGUCGUUGGGGCAGGCUUUUACAAGUUUAACUGCAUUCACUGCAGGACAGGCUGCCGCCUUUGAAAUAUUUGAAACAAUAGAUAGGCAGCCAAAAAUUGAUGCUUAUGAUACUGCAGGUCGACAGGUAGAUGAUAUUUCUGGAGAUAUAGAACUUAGGGAGGUUUGCUUUUGUUAUCCUUCAAGGCCAGAUGAAUUGAUACUCAAUGGAUGUUCCAUUUCAAUAUCAAGUGGCACUACUGCAGCUUUGGUUGGGAAAAGUGGCAGUGGGAAAUCAACAGUUAUUAGUCUGAUUGAGAGAUUUUAUGAUCCACAAGCCGGAGAAGUUCUCAUUGACGGCAUCAACCUCAGAGAAUUUCAAUUGAAAUGGAUCAGACAGAAAAUAGGCCUUGUCAGCCAGGAACCAGUCCUUUUUACUGGUAGCAUCAAAGAAAAUAUUGCUUAUGGUAAGGAAGGGGCAACAGAUGAAGAAAUCAGAGCUGCAAUUGAACUUGCUAAUGCAGCCAAAUUCAUAGAUAGAUUUCCGCAUGGACAUGAUAUGAUUGUCGGUGAGCAUGGUACACAGCUCUCUGGGGGUCAAAAGCAAAGAAUUGCCAUAGCACGGGCAAUUCUAAAAGAUCCAAGAAUUCUACUCCUUGAUGAAGCUACAAGUGCCCUCGAUGCUGAGUCUGAGAGAGUGGUCCAAGAGACACUGGACAAAAUUAUGAUAAACCGAACAACUGUCAUUGUAGCACAUCGCCUAAACACAAUAAGGAAUGCCGAUACAAUUGCUGUUAUUCAUCAAGGAAGAGUAGUAGAAAAUGGUGUCCAUGCUGACCUCAUUAAAGAUCCUGAUGGAGCUUACAGCCAACUCAUUAGAUUGCAAGAAAUUAACAGGCACUCAGAUGUUACAAAUGACUCGGGAAAGCUAAAAAGCAGCAGUCGUCACUCAUGCAGAAUAUCAAAUGAUAUGCCUACUACACUUAAUCUCUUGAAAACAUCAGAAGGAGAACCUGAAGUUCUUACUCCAGCAGUACCGCAUUCCUCUCCAAAAGUCUCGUUCCUUCAACUUGCUUAUCUUAACAAGCCUGAAAUUGCAGUGAUAGUCCUCGGGACUCUAGCAGCCACAGUAACUGGGGCCAUACUUCCUCUUGUGGGGUUUCUUACCUCCUGCAUGAUAAAUACUUUCUCUGAGCCAGCAAAUGAACUUCGUAAAGACUCAAAGUUUUGGGCUGCAGUAUUUAUAGCCCUUGGAGCCGCUGGCUUCAUAUUUCAUCCACUAAGGUCCUACUUUUUUGCUGUAGCUGGUUCGAAGUUGAUAAAAAGGAUCCGGCUAAUGUGUUUUGAGAAAAUUAUUCACAUGGAAGUAGCCUGGUUUGACAAAGCUGAGCAUUCAAGUGGAGUACUGGGAGCAAGGCUGUCAAUUGAUGUGGCUUCUAUUCGAACUUUUGUUGGGGAUGCACUAAGUUUGAUGGUUCAAGAUAUUGCUACAGUAGUUAUAGCCUUGGCAAUUGCCUUUGAGGCAAACUGGCAGCUUUCUCUCAUCAUUCUUGUUUUGCUACCACUAUUAUUAGUAAACGGACAAGUGCAAAUGGGGUCCAUGCAAGGAUCUGUCACUGAUGCAAAGAAACUCUACGAAGAAGCAAGUCAAGUAGCAAAUGAUGCAGUAGGGAAUAUCAGAACAGUAGCUUCUUUCUGUGCAGAAGAAAAGAUGAUGGAGUUAUACCAGAAGAAAUGUUCAGGGACCAUCCAGACAGGUAUAAGGCAAGGUUUAGUCAGCGGAACAAGUUUUGGGAUAUCACUCUUCUUGGUGUUCUCAGUUAAUGCAGGCAGCUUUUAUGCUGCAGCCCGACUUGUCGAGAGCGGCAAAACAUCAAUCUCAGAUGUUUUCCGAGUAUUUUUCACUCUCACAUUGGCAGCAAUAGCAAUGACACAAUCUGGCUUCAUGGCCCCAGGUGCAAGUAAAGCAAAAAGUGCUGUUGCUUCUAUAUAUGCUAUUCUUGAGCAGAAAUCAAAUAUAGACCCCAGUGAUGAGUCUGGAAUGAUGUUGCAAGAAGUGAGAGGAGAGAUUGAGUUCCACCACGUCACUUUCAAGUAUCCAACCAGGCCUGAUGUGCUUGUAUUCAGAGAUCUUUCCUUGACUAUUAACGCAGGAGAGACAAUUGCUCUAGCUGGAGAAAGUGGAAGUGGAAAGUCAACAGUAAUAUCAUUAUUGCAAAGAUUUUAUGACCCAGAUUCAGGCCAGAUAACACUAGAUGGAACGGAAAUAAAAAAUCUACAACUCAAAUGGUUUAGGAAGCAGAUGGGCCUGGUGAGCCAGGAACCUAUACUGUUUAAUGACACCAUCCGAGCCAAUAUUGCAUAUGGAAAAGGUGGUGAUGCAACAGAAGCUGAAAUUAUAGCAGCAGCAGAACUGGCCAACGCGCACAAAUUCAUUAGCAGUUUGCAACAGGGUUACGAUACAGUAGUAGGGGAGAGAGGGAUUCAACUAUCGGGAGGACAGAAGCAACGGGUGGCAAUUGCAAGAGCCAUAGUGAAGAGUCCAAAAAUAUUACUGCUAGAUGAAGCCACUAGCGCACUAGAUGCUGAGUCUGAAAGAGUUGUUCAGGAUGCACUUGACCGAGUGAGGGUGGACAAAACAACAAUUGUGGUGGCUCACAGGUUAUCCACCAUAAAGGAUGCAGAUUCAAUUGCAGUGGUUGAACAUGGAGUCAUUGCAGAGCAAGGAAAGCAUGACACUUUGAUUAACAAGGGUGGUAUCUAUGCUUCGUUAGUAGGCUUGCACACAACUCAUGCUUCAUCUUAGAUCCAUUAUAACUAUCAGUACCUAUUAUCUAAUGGUUUUUCACACCGUGUUUGGAAACUCCUUGAGAAUGGAGGAAUCACAUUUAAUACAAACAUCCGUGAAACCAAACACGCUAUCAUUCUAUGUUAAAGGAUCCUUUCUCUAUGUUCUACAUUCUAUGUAAUGUAAUUUUCAGAAAACUUGAACAC